UGAGCAACAGGAGCCCAGAGAAGGAGGGAGCGGCAGCGGCAGUGGCAGCGGCAGCGGAGGGGACGCCGCGGGAGAGAGGCCGGGAGCGAGGAAGGGUCCCUGAAGCCCGCCCCCUACCCGGCGCCAGACUCUGCGUGCGCACUGGGUGAGCAUGGUCGGCGGGCAAGGUUGCAAGAUCAAAGUUUUGAAUUUUGGGGAGGACGACUAUACAAGUAAAGCACCAUUCUCAUCAUAUAUCAAGAGAACAUAUCAUCCACAUGAGUUAUCACUGUUGAUGUGAGGCCUCUCAUGUAAGGAGCUGAAGGGGAAAUAAAAUAUACAGGAUGAAAAGAUGGCAAUGUUGCCUCCCCCAGGACCUCAGAGCUUUGUCUACUUCACAAAACAGUCUCUUGCCCUCAUUGAACAACGUAUUGCUGAAGGAAAAACAAAGGAACCCAAAGAAGAAAAGAAAGACGAUGACGAAGAAGGGCCAAAGCCAAGCAGUGACUUGGAAGCCGGCAAACAGCUGCCCUUCAUCUAUGGGGACAUCCCUCAGGGCAUGGUUUCGGAGCCCCUGGAGGACCUGGACCCUUACUAUGCAGACAAAAAAACUUUCAUAGUUUUGAACAAAGGGAAAGCAAUCUUCCGUUUCAAUGCCACACCUGCUUUGUACAUCCUCUCUCCUUUCAGUCCUCUCAGAAGAAUAUCUAUUAAGAUUUUAGUACACUCCGCAUUCAGCAUGCUUAUCAUGUGCACUAUUCUGACGAAUUGCAUAUUUAUGACCAUGAGUAACCCUCCAGAUUGGACCAAGAAUGUAGAGUACACUUUUACUGGAAUAUAUACUUUUGAAUCGCUUGUAAAAAUCCUUGCAAGAGGCUUCUGUGUAGGAGAAUUCACUUUCCUUCGUGACCCUUGGAACUGGCUUGAUUUUAUUGUCAUUGUUUUUGCGUAUUUAACAGAAUUUGUAAAUCUAGGCAAUGUUUCAGCUCUUCGAACUUUCAGAGUGUUGAGAGCUUUGAAAACUAUUUCUGUAAUCCCAGGCCUAAAGACCAUCGUAGGGGCCCUGAUCCAGUCUGUGAAGAAGCUUUCUGAUGUCAUGAUCCUGACUGUGUUCUGUCUGAGCGUGUUUGCACUGAUUGGACUGCAGCUCUUUAUGGGCAACCUGAAGCAAAAAUGUGUGCGGACUCUGCUUGAAAAUAAUGAAACAAUAGAAAGCAUAUUGAAUACUCUCGAUGAAGAAGACUAUGGAAAAUAUUUUUAUUACUUGGAGGGAUCCAAAGAUGCUCUCCUUUGUGGUUUCAGCACCGAUUCAGGUCAGUGUCCAGAAGGGUACACCUGUGUGAAGGUUGGCAAGAACCCUGAUUAUGGCUACACGAGCUUCGAUACUUUCAGUUGGGCCUUCUUAGCCUUGUUUCGGCUAAUGACCCAGGAUUACUGGGAAAACCUUUACCAACAGACACUGCGUGCUGCUGGGAAAACCUACAUGAUCUUCUUUGUUGUGGUGAUUUUCCUGGGAUCCUUUUAUCUAAUAAACUUGAUCCUGGCAGUGGUUGCCAUGGCCUAUGAAGAACAGAACCAGGCAAACAUCGAAGAAGCUAGGCAGAAAGAGUUAGAAUUUCAACAGAUGUUAGAUCGACUUAAAAAAGAGCAAGAGGAAGCUGAGGCAAUAGCAAUGGCAGCAGCUGAAUAUACAAGCAUUGAGAGAAGCCGGAUAAUGGGCCUCUCCGAGAGUUCUUCCGAAACAUCCAAAAUGAGCUCUAAAAGUGCUAAAGAAAGAAGAAACAGAAGAAAGAAAAAUAAUCAAAAGAAACUCUCCAUUGGGGAAGAAAAGGGAGAUGAUGAGAAAUUGUCCAAAUCGGAAUCCGAGGAGAGCAUCAGGAGAAAAAGUUUCCACCUUGGUGUUGAAGGUCAUAGGCGAGCACGUGAAAAGAGAUUUUCUACCCCUAACCAGUCACCACUCAGCAUUCAUGGCUCCUUGUUUUCUGCAAGGCGAAGCAGCAGAACAAGUCUUUUUAGUUUCAAAGGUAGAGGAAAAGAUAUUGGAUCUGAGACUGAAUUUGCUGACGACGAGCGUAGCAUCUUCGGGGACAACGAGAGCAGAAGGGGCUCACUGUUCGUGCCCCACAGACCUCGGGAGCGGCGCAGCAGUAAUAUCAGCCAAGCCAGUAGGUCCUCCCCAGGGCUGCCGGUGAACAGGAAGAUGCACAGCGCCGUGGACUGCAAUGGUGUGGUCUCCUUGGUGGAUGGACCCUCAGCCCUCAUGCUCCCCAAUGGACAGCUUCUGCCAGAGGUGAUAAUAGAUAAGGCAACUUCUGAUGACAGUGGUACAAACAAUCAAAUACACAAGAAAAGACGUUCCAGUUCUUACCUCCUUUCUGAGGAUAUGUUGAAUGAUCCCAAUCUCAGACAAAGGGCAAUGAGUAGGGCAAGCAUAUUAACAAACACUGUAGAAGAACUCGAGGAGUCCAGACAAAAAUGUCCACCUUGGUGGUACAGAUUUGCACACACAUUCUUGAUCUGGAAUUGCUCUCCAUAUUGGAUAAAAUUCAAAAGACUUAUCUAUUUUAUUGUAAUGGAUCCUUUUGUAGAUCUUGCUAUAACCAUUUGCAUAGUUUUAAACACUCUGUUCAUGGCUAUGGAACAUCACCCAAUGACUGAUGAAUUCAAAAACGUGCUCACUGUGGGAAAUUUGGUCUUUACUGGCAUCUUUGCAGCUGAAAUGGUUUUAAAACUAAUUGCCAUGGAUCCAUAUGAGUACUUCCAAGUAGGAUGGAAUAUUUUUGACAGUCUUAUUGUGACUUUAAGCUUAGUGGAGCUUUUUCUAGCAGAUGUGGAAGGAUUGUCAGUUCUACGAUCAUUCAGACUGCUCCGAGUUUUCAAGUUGGCAAAAUCUUGGCCAACACUGAACAUGCUGAUCAAGAUCAUUGGUAACUCAGUGGGGGCUCUGGGUAACCUCACCUUGGUGUUGGCCAUCAUCGUCUUCAUUUUUGCCGUGGUCGGCAUGCAGCUCUUUGGUAAGAGCUACAAAGAAUGUGUCUGCAAGAUCAAUGAAGACUGCACACUCCCACGCUGGCACAUGAAUGACUUCUUCCACUCCUUCCUGAUUGUGUUCCGAGUGCUUUGUGGAGAGUGGAUAGAGACCAUGUGGGACUGCAUGGAGGUCGCCGGUCAAGCCAUGUGCCUUAUUGUUUACAUGAUGGUCAUGGUCAUUGGAAACCUGGUGGUCCUCAACCUAUUUCUUGCUUUAUUAUUGAGCUCAUUUAGUUCAGACAAUCUUACAGCAAUUGAAGAAGACACUGAUGCAAACAACCUCCAGACUGCAGUGGCUAGAAUUAAAAAGGGAAUAAAUUAUGUGAAACAAACCUUACGUGAAUUUUUUCUAAAAGCAUUUUCCACAAAACCAAAGAUUUCCAAAGAGAUAAGACGAACAGAAGAUCUAAAUUAUAAGAAGGAAAACUACAUCUCUAACCACACAGUUGCUGAAAUGAGCAAGGAUCACAAUUUUCACAAAGAAAAAGAUAAAACCAGUGGUUUUGGAAACAGCAUGGACAAAUACUUGGUGGAAGAAAGUGAUUGUCAAUCAUUUAUUCAUAAUGCCAGCCUCACAGUGACAGUGCCAAUUGCACCCGGGGAAUCUGAUUUGGAAAUUAUGAAUACUGAGGAACUUAGCAGUGAUUCAGAUAGCGAAUACAGCAAAGGGAGGCUGAACGGAUCGAGUUCCUCUGAGUGCAGCACAGUUGAUAACCCUGUGCCAGGAGAAGGAGAGGAAGCAGAGGCUGAGCCUGUAAAUUCAGAUGAGCCAGAGGCCUGUUUUACAGAUGGUUGUGUGCAGAGGCUCCCAUGCUGCCAAGUUAACACAGAAUCAGGGAAAGGAAAAAUCUGGUGGAACAUCAGGAAGACCUGCUAUAGGAUAGUUGAGCACAGUUGGUUUGAAAGCUUCAUUGUUCUCAUGAUCUUGCUUAGCAGUGGUGCGCUGGCUUUUGAAGAUAUAUAUAUUGAAAAGAAAAAGACCAUUAAGAUUAUCCUGGAGUAUGCUGACAAGAUAUUCACUUACAUCUUUAUUCUGGAAAUGCUUCUAAAAUGGAUAGCAUAUGGUUAUAAAACCUAUUUCACCAAUGCCUGGUGUUGGCUGGAUUUCUUAAUUGUCGAUGUUUCUUUGGUUACUUUGGUCGCAAACACUCUUGGCUACUCAGACCUUGGCCCCAUUAAAUCCCUUCGGACACUUAGAGCCUUAAGACCUCUGAGAGCUUUAUCUAGAUUUGAAGGAAUGAGGGUGGUCGUGAAUGCACUCAUAGGUGCAAUCCCUUCCAUCAUGAAUGUGCUACUUGUGUGUCUUAUAUUCUGGCUAAUAUUUAGCAUCAUGGGAGUAAAUUUGUUCGCUGGCAAGUUCUAUCAGUGUGUUAACACCACAGAUGGGUCACCAUUUCCUACAAGUGAAGUUGAAAAUCGUUCUGAGUGUUUUGCACUUAUGAAUGUUAGUCAAAAUGUGCGAUGGAAGAACCUGAAAGUGAACUUUGAUAAUGUUGGACUUGGUUACCUGUCUCUGCUUCAAGUUGCAACAUUUAAAGGAUGGAUGGAUAUUAUGUAUGCAGCAGUUGAUUCUGUUAACGUAGACAGGCAGCCCAUAUAUGAAUACAGCCUCUACAUGUAUAUUUAUUUUGUCAUCUUCAUCAUCUUUGGGUCAUUCUUCACCUUGAACUUGUUCAUUGGGGUCAUCAUAGAUAACUUCAACCAACAGAAAAAGAAGCUUGGAGGUCAAGAUAUCUUUAUGACAGAAGAACAGAAGAAAUAUUAUAAUGCAAUGAAAAAGCUGGGAUCCAAGAAACCACAAAAGCCAAUACCUCGUCCGGGGAACAAAUUCCAAGGAUGUAUAUUUGACCUAGUAACAAACCAAGCUUUUGAUAUCGCCAUCAUGGUUCUUAUCUGCCUCAACAUGGUAACCAUGAUGGUAGAAAAAGAGGGACAAAGUGCAUACAUGACUGAAGUUUUAUAUUGGAUCAAUGUAGUUUUUGUUAUCCUUUUCACUGGAGAAUGUGUGCUGAAACUGAUCUCCCUCAGAUGCUACUACUUCACUGUAGGAUGGAACAUUUUUGAUUUUGUGGUUGUGAUUCUCUCCAUUGUAGGUAUGUUUCUAGCAGAUUUGAUAGAAAGGUAUUUUGUGUCCCCUACCCUGUUCCGAGUGAUCCGUCUUGCCAGGAUUGGCCGAAUCCUGCGUCUGAUCAAAGGGGCCAAGGGGAUCCGCACGCUGCUCUUUGCUUUGAUGAUGUCCCUUCCUGCGUUGUUUAACAUCGGCCUCCUGCUCUUUCUGGUCAUGUUCAUUUACGCCAUCUUUGGAAUGUCCAACUUUGCCUACGUUAAAAAGGAAGCUGGAAUUAAUGACAUGUUCAACUUUGAGACCUUUGGCAACAGCAUGAUCUGCCUGUUCCAGAUUACCACCUCUGCUGGCUGGGAUGGAUUGCUAGCACCUAUUCUCAACAGUGCACCACCUGAUUGUGACCCCAGGAAAGUUCAUCCUGGAAGCUCAGUUGAAGGAGACUGUGGGAACCCAUCUGUGGGGAUAUUCUAUUUUGUCAGUUACAUCAUCAUAUCAUUCCUGGUCGUGGUGAACAUGUACAUCGCUGUCAUCCUGGAGAACUUCAGUGUUGCCACUGAAGAGAGUACUGAGCCGCUGAGUGAGGACGACUUUGAGAUGUUCUACGAGGUUUGGGAGAAGUUUGAUCCCGAUGCCACCCAAUUUAUAGAAUAUAGCAAACUCUCUGAUUUUGCAGCUGUCCUGGAUCCUCCUCUUCUCAUAGCAAAACCAAACAAAGUCCAGCUCAUUGCCAUGGAUCUGCCCAUGGUCAGUGGGGACCGGAUCCAUUGUCUCGACAUCUUAUUUGCUUUUACAAAGCGUGUUUUGGGUGAAAGUGGAGAGAUGGACUCUCUUCGUUCACAGAUGGAAGAAAGGUUCAUGUCUGCAAAUCCUUCUAAAGUGUCCUAUGAACCCAUCACAACUACACUAAAACGAAAACAGGAAGAUGUGUCUGCUACUGUCAUUCAGCGUGCUUACAGACGUUAUCGCUUACGGCAAAAUGUCAAGAACAUAUCAAGUAUAUACAUAAAAGAUGGUGACAGAGAUGAUGAUUUGCCCAAUAAAGAAGAUAUGGUUUUUGAUAACGUUAAUGAGAACCCAAGUCCAGAAAAAACAGAUGGAACUCCAUCCACCAUCUCUCCACCUUCAUAUGAUAGUGUAACAAAACCAGACAAAGAGAAAUAUGAAAAAGACAAAACAGAAAAGGAGGACAAAGGAAAAGAUGGCAAGGAAGGCAAAAAAUAGAGCUUCACUUUGAUGUAUUGUUUACAGCCUGUGAAGGUGAUAUAUUUGUGUUAAUAAGGCUCUUUUAAGGAGGUCUAUGCCAAAACUCUUUUUAUCAAAAUAGUCUCAAAGUCAGUGCAGUCGCUAGCUCUGAUUCUCUAACAUAGGUGAGCAGCAUUAGCAGUGAUUAUUUUUGCAUUGGUAAAUGAAUCUAUAAGAAUUCUUAAGAGUAACUGUACAGGGAUUAUUGAUUACAGCAAACAGAGGUGAUUUAAUUUUAUUUACUUUUAAUAAAUCAGAAGACCAUGUAGAAAAUGUUCACAUCUGCCUUGUCAUCUUUUCACAGGAUUGUAAACAUUCAUGUUUCCCAUGCAAAUACAAAUGCGCGCGCGUGCACGCGAAUAUCUAUCAUUUGGAUAUGUACAAAAGUAUUUUCCCUUGGCUUUGCCAUGAAGUGCCCUGAUGGAAGGAAUGAAUACUAGUAAUGAAUGUUUAGUUAAAACAUCUUGUUAUUAUUAGGAGGCAAGACUCUUUUAUCCAUCUACAGUGGUCAUUCUAUAUUUUGAGGUGCUUAAAUUUAUUCAUAUUGCAUCAAAACCAAUUUAUAUGUGCCUAUUAAAUGCCAUGGGAUUAAAAACAUGUAGGCUCGUCAGUUCAACAAAUGCUUUUUAUUCAUCUUGACUCAUAUACCAACUAGGGUAAGAGUUACCUUUAGAGUAUUGUGCUUCAUAGACUGCCUUUUUCUAUAUCCUUCUUUGUUCAUACAAUAACUAUGGAACAUGAAAAAAUUAUUUUCGGUACGUAUCACAUCCCUCGAAAGAAAAAAAUGAAGGUAAUUGAGAAAAGAAGCAACUGAAGAAAGCUUUAUUCACUCUUAUGUAUACAGUGUAACACUGGACUGUACUGCCCCAAAAUACCAAUAAUAACCCAACUCUUAGUCAUUUUUGUCACCGUUUUCUGCUUUCUGAUUCAGUAUUGUUGAGUUAUGCUUUAGCACUAAGCAAAGUUGAUAUUUCUCUUCCGUGGAGUGCUUCCAGAUAUGCGGAUAGAUAUUUGAUACCAUGGAACAUGUUUGAGCAGAUAAUGACUUGGGCACAGUAUUAACUGUGUCUCCUGAAUACCAUCCUAAGUGUGUAUGGCAUGCUUUCAACACAGACUUGUGUGUGAAAAGGAUGAAAUAGCAUUCAUCCUCUUGAACUUUUAUGCUUUCAUCUACAAAAUGAGAAAGAUGUCACUUUCUCCAUAAAAUUCUAUGACUAUGAGGUAUAUUAUGUAUCAAUCAGUAACAUAUCCUGAGCUUAUAGUUUACCAAGCACACAUUCAUUUUGCUUUAGCUGUUGUCCUUCCACCAAGGAUUAUGAAUCUAGUUUUUUAAAAAUCCUUGUUAAUAGUGGCUUGAAAAGAAACAGCCAUGAUGUAUUUUUUAUGAGUUUAUUCCAGGAAUAUGAGAUCUUUCUUCUAUCGAGUUAUUCAUGCACACACAAAAAUCGAGUUACAUAAGUAGAAAGAAUUUUAUUUAGAAGAUUUUGUGGGAGUUUUCAAAGCAAAUAUAUACAACAAUAUUUCAUUUGCUUUCUUAAAUGAAAAAAGAACAUAAAUAUAUUUCUAUCUUAAGUACUUAAAGCAAUUUUUUUGUUGUUCUGGCUAGUUAAAAAUAAAGGAGAUUUAAGCAUACCUAUAGAGAUGAAGAAGUAUAGGUAGAGAAUGAGAGGCAGAGAGGCAAAGAAACACAGAAAUGAGAAAGACAGAUAAAAACCAAGAAAGCAAAAUUUCCACAGAACUUUCUAUCUAGAAUGUUUUCAGCAUCUGUGAAGGAGAUUAUCACGUCUAGACAUUUGUCCUAAGGCACAUAUGAAAUUAAACCUAGGGCCAAAGAUUCUUUACACCUAAAUUCAAUCACUCAUCUUACAUUAUUUGAGCCUCUUUUUUAUUUAAUAUAUAAGAUACCAUGCAGUGUUUUCCUAGACUAUGUAGAGCAUUGCAUCACAUCCCUGCUAAGUCUGUUGAAAAUAGGUUUUGACAAUUUAAUUAGAGAACCAUACAAAAUAUAUUACAUUUGUAAGAUAUUUUAAUACAUUAAAUUAAGAAAUUAAUUACCUUAAAUUUGAAUGCAGUUUAUCCUCAUCAUUUUAAAUCUAUAUAAAUAUAACUGCACUUUGCAUAUUUAUAUAAUACAGUGUGAAAAGAUGUAUAGUGGGUAAGUUUAUUAUGUGUGAUUUACUACUAAUGUUUUUACAUUGCCUGAUUUUUAUGUGAAGAAAAUAUUGGCAACUGGUUCCUCAACACAAUUUCUUCUUAGCGUUUCAAAAAAAGAAAAACUUACAAAGUCACACUUCUAUUUCAUGCUGAACCUAUUUCAUGCUGAACUAUAAUUUUUUUUCAAUAUAACAUGCUUAGGUUUUGUAUAUGUAUGUUUUCCCAGGAAUGUCUAGUUGUGACUUUUUAUCAAUUACUAAUAAUAUUUGGAACCAAGAGCUCAUUUAAUACAGUACAAGCUUGAAGGAAAAUUAGACUUCUUUUUUCAUGUAGAUUACUGUUUGGUACUGAUUAUAAGAUACCACCCUCAGAAAGCACUGUCAUGCUAAUAUUUAAGUCACACAAUCAUUGAACUCAUUUAACCUAAUGAUAUAGAAUAGCAGUUACACUGUAAAAUUUAAAUUGGAAUAAAACUGAAAACAGAUUUGAACACAAAUCCAUUCAUACAAUUUGAAUAAAAGUGGGAGAAUCUCACUUUACCUUUUUGACUGUUACAUAGUUUGCAAAAGAUAUAAGUGAUUUGUGGGCUGUUUCUAAAUGCUGAUUGUUGAAAACCUCAACCAAAAAUGUUCAGCAUGAUUUCAUAGAAUUUUAAUAGCUUUGUUAAAAAGAGUUAAGAUAAAAUGCAUAUGUAAAUAAAGCAGUUCUAAAUAGCAAUUUCAGAGAAAUGUUAGUGGGAGUGAUGAAAAAGGGCCAGCUAAAUUAGAAGGCCCAAGUAAUUGGCUUGGGUUUAGGACCUAUGUAUAGAGGCCAUCAAUUUCUGUAAAUAUCUGUGGUUUAUUAUGUUAUAUUCUUGAGGAAAAUAAUCAAGAACUGCUUCAUAAAAUUCAGUGAAUAGCCAUGAAUAUAAUAAUCCUGUUUACAUAGAAUUCUUUACAAAUUUCAUAUAUCUAUGAAUGCUCAAAAUGUUUGUCAUAAAUUAUAUUGUAGUUAUACUUGAGGCUUACACAUUGUAAUAGAAUCUAAAAAUAAAAGUCAUCAAAAAAAUAAAAUCAUGUUGGCAUGUAUCUUCUGUUUUUGUGAA